GAAUCCCCUCCCCUUCCCGUUUACGUAGACCAUGCAAGAUGGCGGCGCCCAGGGCGUUCCAGCGCCUGGUGGCCUCAGAAUGGAGUAAAAGUUCCAGAGGCCUCCACGGCCUGAGUGGGGUGGUGGCCCCAGAGAGCAAUCAGAACAAGAGAAGGACCGUCCUCCAAUUCCUGUCUGACUACUUCUACGAUGUGGAGACCCUGAGGGAGUACUUGUUCCAGAGGCAGAUGUUGAAGGUGCACAGGAAGAAUCGAUCCUUCCUCGCCAUGAAGGGGAGCUUUGGCCCCUAUGUCACGGGUGCCUACUUUGUCCUGAAGCUGGGAGGUGCAGUCAAGUUUCAGGGCCAAGAGUGGAUCCGGCCCGGCAAGCGUGGCCAGAUCUCCCCCUCGCUGUGGAAUCUGCACUCCGUCCCCGUGGAGGCCGUGGAUGCCAGCGACUGCGUCAUCAACUACGAAGGCCUGGACCACAUCCUGCUCCUGAAGGAUCUCCGCUCCCUGUCCCUGCAGCGCUGUCCCCACGUGGACGACUGGUGCCUCGCGCAUCUCCACCCGCUGGCCGGCUCCUUGCGGGAGCUGUCGCUGGCCGGGUGUCCCCGCGUCUCCGAACGGGGCCUCGCCUGCCUCCACCACCUCCAGAACCUCCGCAGGCUGGACAUCUCGGACCUUCCUGCUGUGUCCCACCCCGGCCUCACUCACAUCCUCUUGGAGGAGAUGCUGCCACACUGCGAGGUGGUGGGGGCGGACUGGGCCCAGGACCUGCAGCCCAGGGACGCAGCCAGUCCCAUCCCUGGCCAGCCUUCAGCCUGAGGCGCACUCCAGCCAGACCUCAGAGGACAGCGCGGGACAGUAUGAUGUCUGAUGCUCACUCUGGCUUUGUGAGGUUUCCUCAAAGAGGGGUACUGGCAGAUCAGAGGAAGAGGGAGAGGAGAGAUGGGGUUGCUGGCCUCGCCUCCUGUCCCCUCUGUUGGGUUGUCUUUCCAGCAGAGCCACAGGCAGCUCUGUGGCUCCCCACACUUGCCCCCACCCUCGUCAAGUGGCUCCCCCAGAUUUUUCCCUUGAGCUAUCACUUGCAGGAAGCUUGAGCAGCACCAAGUGCACAGCCAGGUCCUUGUCUGUCUGCUCUGUGAAGAUGGAGCUGGGCUCUGGAAUGUUUCUUGGAUGUUGGAUGGCGCAGUGAGCUUGGUUGGGAAAAGGUGCUGGGGAACCAUUCAGGGAAUAGGCAUGAAGCCCCCAACACACCCAGCUUCUCAGGGCCUAGGGAGGUCCUCAGCCUUCUCUGACACUCCUACCUCGCUGCAUCUUGGGGUGGGGCGGGGGGGGGGUGGAGAUGAGGAGGACUCCAUAGUUCUCUGGAAUCCAGCUGGACUUCCAGCCAGUUCCGAGGCACUUUACUAAUGAAUCCGUCCUGGCUCCGAUUCACUGUUGAAGUCAGCAGUCCUUUAUAUUAAACUUUCCCUGUUCACAUUA